AUAACGUUUUGCCCAUUCAUCUGAAUGAACUAGUAAUCGAGUAGACAAACCAUAGGGAGAAAGCGAAACGGAAAAAGAAGGCGUCCAAAUCCACAGGCGCGACCGCGACCCCGCAACGGCCGGCAGAGGCGACCGCGCCACCGCUUCCCCUUCCCCGCCGCCUUUGCCCGCGCCGCAAGCUUCCUCCUCCUUCCCUCUCACCCGACGCCACCACCUCUCCAGGUCUCCCCCAAUCCCGCCCCCGCACGUCCAGAUCUUGAGGCGGCACAGGUGAGGCAGCGCAACCCCCUCCGUCUGUGGACUGUGGUGGUGGCGGCGGCGGCGGCGGCGGCGCUCGACCGGCCUGCAGCGGGAUGGCGUACGUGGACCACGCCUUCUCCAUCACCGACGAGGACGACCUGGUGGGCGGCGCGGCGGGGGGCCGGCCGCGCGGCGCGCCGGUCAAGGAGAUCGCCUUCGCCGCCGCGCUGCUCGCGUUCGGCGCGCUCGGCGUCGUCGCCGGCCUCGUCAUGGCCGGCCACCGCGUCGGCGGCGACCGCUCCCACGGGAUUUUCUUCACAGUGCUGGGCGUAGUGAUGUUCAUCCCUGGAUUCUACUACACAAGAGUAGCGUAUUAUGCUUACAAAGGGUACCAGGGCUUCUCUUUUGCCAACAUCCCUCCCAUCUGAAGCAGCAGUGGCUGAACCUGGUUGGACCGUCUCAUCCCUUCCUAUAAAAAUGUGAACAUGUUUUUUUUUUCUUUAAACCCUUAUAGAUUGUAGUAGUAGUUGUACAUAUAACAAACAACUAAAAUAAUGAGAGACCACGACGAUAUGGUAGUUUCACCUGAUAGCCUGUUAAUUGUGUGAUUAUAUAUAUUGAUGAAAGGGCUUCUCUUGUCGAUAUCACCAAGACAGUUUGUUGUGAUGCUGCUCUGUCUAUUGGUUCUU